AACGUUUAAAUACGUAAUUUUGGUGAUCAAAGGUGAGUUUUAAGCGACUUCAGGGAGACAUUAAAUGAACCCCUUAGAUCAUUUUUUUCAUUCGGUCAUUUUUGUGAUUUUCAUUUCGACCUUUUUCUUUUCUCUCCUCUCCCUCUGUCAUGAAGUGAGGAGCUGUUUAUUGGGUGAGGCAUUCGCUAGCAGGGGCCGAUGGGUCCCGCCAUCAGAUCGCCACCGUCCUGUGUGUGCGAGGGCAGCGGUGGGCGUGAGUGGGAGACUGAAUCAAAGACCAGCAGAGUUCCCCCUGGUCGCCAUCCCGAAAUUUCAAUGUGGAUAGUAGCCUCACUCCACCCAGGAACAUGAAGGGCUUAUCAGGUGGUCGCGCGCCGCACCAUAUUCCCACACUGCCCCCGUGUGGACUGGCGGAGUGCGAGCAUCUCCAUGACCUGCACGGCAUGCAUGUGUCCGAUCUGCGCCACCACUACCUGCUCAGCCCCACGGAGACCUGCGCCAUGGACUUCCAUCACCGUCUUUCCCCGCGCAGCUCCAUUCACUCCGAUUGCAUGAUCAUGUCCCCCAUGGUGCUACCUUCCACUGCCCCCGCCGACCACCUUUCCAGCAGCACCUUUCCCAGAAUGCACUACAGUUCACAGUACUACGACCCAGCUGCCCGGGAAGACUGUGCAGCCAUCACCACCUCAGCCACAUCUGCCGCCACCGCUGCCGCAACAUCUGCCUCUUACCACGGCAGCAGCAAGAGCAACCGCAUCCCCGCAAACCUGCUGGACCAGUUCGAAAAGCAGAUUCCGCUUCAUCGCGACGGCUUCCAUACGCUGCAGUACCAACGCACAUCCGCCGGAACUGGAGGGGAACAGCGCAGCGAGAGCCCCGGGCGUAUACGACACCUGGUGCACUCCGUCCAGAAGCUCUUCACCAAGUCCCACUCACUCGAGGGAUCGUCCAAGAUGAAUGGCACUAAAGGUGACAGUGGAGGUGGGGGAAGCCAUCACCAUCACCACGGCAAUCAUCACUCAUCCAAGCACGGCAGCAAGCGCAGUAAAAGCAAGGAGCGCAGGCAACGGUCGGGGACGGGGGGCUGGUGGAGCUCGGAUGACAACCUAGACAGUGACAGCACCUACCGCACAGCCAGCGCUUUGAGCCGCCACCAUCACGAACACGCCGGUCACAGUUUCCCAGAAUCCAUGCACAGUCACUUUGGAGACCACUCGCUCAAAACCUCCAAAAGCAACAACGACGUCAAGUGUUCGGCCUGCGAAUCCAUGGCGCCCGAGGGAAAGUUCAUGAAGAGGAGUUCCUGGUCAACACUUACCGUCAGUCAGGCCAAAGAGGCCUAUCGAAAGUCCUCCCUUAACCUGGAGAAGCCCAUGAUGCAUCAGGACUUUAAACCAUCAUUCCGGUCUUCACACUACCUACAGGUGCCUCAGGAUGAGUGGGGGGGUUAUCCAGGGGAGGAGGAGAUUCCAUGCCGCCGGAUGCGGAGCAGUAGUUACGUCAAAGCCAUGGGAGAUGAGGAUAGCGGUGAGUCUGAUACCAGCCCCAAGACGUCACCUCAGAAGAUUGUGCGGUCCGACGCCCUUGUCCUCAAAUCUGCCUUGCAGAGGCCACAUAUAGACACCCAAAGCUCGGGCUACCACUUGCAAACAGCGAGAGAUAUGCGCCCUCACCCCAGCGUGUCUCUGGAUCCAGCAACCAACUUCAACCCUCCACAGUUUCGCUCCAGAAACCAGAGCUACAUGCGUGCAGUCAGUACCUUCAGUCAGGCGAGCUGUGUCAGCCAGGUGAGUGAGACUGAGGUCAAUGGCCAGUUUGAGUCAGUUUGCGAGUCCGUUUUUAGCGAAGUAGAAUCCCAGGCCGUGGAGGCCUUGGACCUGCCCGGCUCUUUCCGCACUCGAAGCCACAGUUACCUGCGUGCAAUUCAGGCUGGGUAUUCCCAAGAUGAUGACUGCUUGCCUUCAAUGACAUCUUCUACUGUCACUUCAACUCUCAGAUCCACAACAGAGGGGUAUGAUGCAAUGGAGGGCAUCUCAUUGCUAAAUGAGGAUAUUGAGGACGAUGAUGGCGCCAGCUCCUCGGCAUAUCAAGAAAUCGAGAGGUUUGAAAGAGAAAAUGCUGGACGUAGUCAACACAGCACCAGUUCCACGGUCACGGCUAUCUCUGUUCCGCCGACCUCAUCGCACGGCUACCGAGUCCCAUGUCCGCCCCCGUCCCAGCCUCCACCAGAUCCCCCCGUCCCGCAGGCUAUUCAGGCUUUCAAGGAGUCUGCAAAUAUGGUGGCUGCCUUCAACAUGCAGUGGAAAGAGGAGAUAUCGGCAAUGCGCUACGAGCUGGCGGAGCUGCGCAGGGACGUCUGCGGAGAGCUCAAGACUUUCAACAGCAACUUCUUUAAUUUCACACAGUGCUACAACAUGUGGACGAUGUGCCGGGAGGCUGCCACCAGCACCAGUUCCGCUCAGUCGAGCGAGAGGGUGUCCAUUGGCGUCCAGACUGGUGCUAACGGUCUGGUGAGACAAAACACUGCGGACGCUUCAGUCAUGUGUCAGCCCGAACCGGCUGCCUUCAAUAUUUUCGACCUGAUGGAGCCCCCACGCAUCGAGAUCACAGAGGGAACUCCUGAAGGAACCUCGGCCACCAACAGCCCAACCAGCCCUGCCAGUCCUGAUAGACCCAACACCGGCCCACCGUUGACCAAGCCGCUGGGAAGAUCCACGUUAGACACUGGGAGGAAGAAGAACAACUGCAGUCGAGCGGACGGUCAAAGAAGUGCCAGCCUUGAACUCUGGUGCAGAAAGUACACUAGUGGACCAAUGUCCUACUUAUCUCUAUCAUUCUGAUCAUUUUCAUCACCGGACCAAGCAUUGACUUUGUUUCCGAAUCAACCCUAUACACCUGGGGAAACCCUGCGCCCGAAGGGAAGAGCUUGCCGAAAGUGCCGUUUUGGCGAAACGGGGAUUGUGUAGCCAUUCUAGAUGGAAGCAUUGGCUGUUCCAGAUCAUAUAAUCAGUUUACAUCACCACGGAAAUGAUUCAUGAAUGUUAUUAGCGUUGUAGGCAAUGUCACAAUUUGUCCGACUGUCACUGUCAGUGUGUUGUCCAUUGUCCAAGCAGUUCAUGUGUGACAGUGGUGAAUGAUCUCACCACUCAAUCUGACCAAAAGAGGUUAUGAACAUAGUUGAAGGAUAAAGAUGGACCUUUAGAAUGGUAGUUUUCCAUUUCUGAAUAUAAUAACAUUUAUGGUUAACAUUAGCACCAACCACUUUGUUCUACAGUAUACCAUACCUUACACACACUCAUAUCUCAUGUGGUUGCUAACAAGUUGUUACAUAAGAAUUCCGGUAUGCAUGGUGGAACCCACUUUAUAUUAAGUACUACUAUGUACAUUUAAAUUAGGGCUAUCACGAUUCAGCGAUUAAAUAAUCAGUGUUGGGGAAGCUACUCUGAAGUUGGACAAGCUACAAGCUACUCAUAAGUUAAAGUAGUUAAACUACA